UUGAACAAAAACAAGUGAUCAGACUCCAAAAAUCCUUUAUUUGAGCAAAACCAACUUGUCAGACCUCAAAAUCCCCAUUUAAGCAAAAAGAAGCCACCGGACCUUCAAAUCCCAAUUUGAGCAAACCCAAGCCACCAGACCCCAAGGUCCCCAUUUGAGGACACGGGGCUCAUCUCCGCCCUGAUGGGCACAAAGAGUUAAGAUCCCACAGGCCGGCAGUGUCCAAUCACACUGAGCAAAGUGCAGCCCUUGGCCCCAGCCCAGCAGCAGGUUGAUCUCUGCAGGUAUUAUUUUGUUUUAUUUUCCGGGGUACCAAGCAGGGAGACGAUGAACCUCGAGACCUGCAGAAGAUGGGGAGCUGGAGGAUGCACCCCUGGGCUGCCCAGUGCCACUGAUUUGUGCCUCCACCUCACCUCUGCGCUGCCAUGGCCACGCUAGAGACACUGCCCGUUCUUAGUGACCCGACCUACCCCAGCCUGGAGAACUUCCACGGUUUUGCUCCCCGGCCUUCCCAACCCAUCUCUCAGAGCACCAUGGGGAGUGUGGGCAGCGGAGUUGCCAAUGACCAAGAGUUCGCCAUGAAGAGCGUGGGGACCCGGACGCAGAGCAGUGGCCGACAGACGGAGGGGUCUCGCAACGGGUACUCCACGCGUGAGAUCUCCAACCGCUACUCCGGCGAGGAGAAGACAUACAAGUCGGAGAAGGUCUCCAAUUCCCUCUACAUCAACGGCGACCUGCGCAAGAGCGAGAAGGUGAAGAUGGACAUCUGUGGGAACGUGACCACCAACAACGAGAAGAACAUGCCGCCUCCUCCCCAAUACCGAGAGCCCAGUAACCCACCAAAGAUACUGCCAAUCUCCGGCAAACUAGACCAGAGCAAUGAGCCCUUAGUUAGACCCUCAGCCUUUAAACCAGUAGUUCCUAAAAACUUCCAUUCCAUGCAGAACCUCUGCCCGCCGCAGAGCAACGGAGUAACAGAGAAUAGAAAGAGCUUGAACCAUGCCAACAGCAAUAGCCCGUCCGCACCCAAAAGUGGACUCGACAAGAGCAGCCUUAACAGGACUACAAACCAAGUGGGGGGCCUUUCGGAUUCAGGCCGUAACUCGUUAACGAGCCUGCCCACUUAUGGGACAGGCUACAGCCAGCACGUGGGUCCGAUGAGCGCCUCCACGAGCCACAUCAACCGCAUCGGUACAACCUACGUGGACAAGAACAUCGUGGGAUACAACGGGAUAUCUACCUCAGACAGCGGGCGGUCUUCGAGCAAGAGCACCUCUUCGUUCAACAGACUGAACCAUCUCAACGAAACGAUGCCUUUCCACUCGCCUUCAACAGACGACAUCAUCCAAGACUUGGAAGACCGGCUGUGGGAGAAGGAGCAGGAGGUUCUCCAGAUGCGCAGGAACUUGGACAAAAGCGAGGCAGCCAUCUUCCAAGUGUUCGAGGAGAAGCAGAAGAUCUGGGAGAGGGAAAUGGAGGACCUGAGGCAAAACUAUGCCAACAAACUGCAACAGGUCUCUAAAAAAGCACAGCGGGCUCAGCAGGCCUUGCAGCUCCAAAUCUUCAAGCUCCAGCAAGAGAAAAAAAAACUCCAAGAUGAUAUGGGACAACUCCUCCAGCAGCGAGAGGAGCUGGAGAAGAAAUUUGUGGCUUUCAAGAAGGAACAGGCUGAGUUUCUCCCAAAGAUUGAAGAGACCAAGUGGGAGGUGUGCCAGAAGGCAGGUGAGAUCUCCCUGCUCAAGCAGCAGCUGAAGGACUCCCAGGCUGAUGUCUCCCAGAAGCUGAACGAGAUCGUGGGACUGCGGACACAGCUCAAAGAAGGUAAGAACUUCCUACGGGAGAAGGAGGAGCAGAUCCUUACCCUGAAGGACUCCUACAGCUCCAAGAGCGUCAACCUGGAGAUCUGUGAGAGUGAGCUGCAGCGGAAGAUGAGUGAAGUCCAGGUGCUGAGGGAAAAACUGAACCACUGUGAGCUCGAGGUCUCUGGCCUGAAGCGGACACUUGCCAGUAUGGGACCUCCAGGACCUUUUGGUGGGGACCUUGGUGAGAAGCUGCGGGAUCCGCUGGCCUGUGAGAGUGAUGAAGCCAAGAUGCAGCGGCAGAGCGAGGACAGCGUCAACACACUGCGGAAGGAAGUGGAGCGGCUCCAGACGGAGCUGAAGCUGGAGCGGCAGCAGCGGGAGCAGCAGGUGAUGGACUUCGAGGAGGAGCGGCGCACAUGGCAAGAAGAGAAGGAGAAAGUCAUCAAGUACCAGAAGCAGCUGCAACUGAACUAUGUGGAGAUGUACCAGAAAAACCAGCUCCUGGAGCACAAGGUGAAUGAGAUGAACACAAAGGCCACCAGCCCCCCACACACUGAAGAGAAAAAACCAUGGACUCCCUCCAGACUUGAGCGAAUAGAGUCCACUGAGAUCUGAGGUGGGACCAAGACAAUACAACGUCAUUUUUUUUAUUGCUGUGCAUGUACUACCUACUCAAGCCAGUGAUCUUCCGAAGGAUAAUACGCUACCAUAGGAGCGGUGUGAGUCUACUCGCAUCAAGCUCCAUCACCCUUACUCUAUACUUCUGUGCUCUGUAGGUAAAAUAACUGUGGAUGUGCGUUGUUUUUCUAUCAAUAAUGCAACAUCUCUUUUGGUUUUUUUCCUAGUACAGCUGGUGAGGGUCAAUUGGCUCUUUUGUAAUCUGCCGUGACUGUUACUUUGCUAGAGGCUGCCAUCCCCUCUCCUACAAUUCACCCCUCUUUGGUUGGUUGUUUUGGAGGGUUAUAUUUGGUUUCUUUGGUUUUCCAAGCAUUUAUGCGCAGCAAAACAGUUCAAAGUGGCAGGUUUUUUUUUUUCAGGGCAUUUUUAGCCACAUUGGCUAACAGAGCAAAGCUCUCGGGAUCAUGAGCAAACUCACUGUUCUGCAUCAAGUAUCCUGUCUAGACAGUGGUCUUAGUGAAGUCAGUGGGAGGUUGGCCACUGAUUUCAGUGAAACCAGACAUAUCUCUACCAGAUGACUCCCUCUUGCCAGCCCAUAGCUACCAUGGUUGCAAGAGGUUAGGACAUCCUUAAGGAGCAGGAUAAGCCUGUCCUGGUAACAUAAGUCAGCAAGGAAUUAUUGCCCAGCAGAAGCCUCUCUGGGGGCUCAGCAGAGCUUAACAUAUGCUGCGUUUUCAUUUUGUUGUGGUUUCUUUCUGCAGUUCCACACCUCUCCUGGGUUGUGACCAACCCUAGGAGCAGAAACACCCUCCCACCCUUGCCUUGGUCCCCCUAUUCUUACCACAUACACAAGCUGGUUACAGCAAGACAAAAACCCUUGGAAAUCCAAGAUAGUUUCCCUUCCCAAGAGCCCUCUUACUUCCCAAAGUCAAUGGAAUCAAGGUUUGGGGAAGCCUCCAAACCUGGCAGGAUGUUUAUGCAAACUGAAGCUUUAGCAGUUUGCCUCAAGAGUGGGCAAGUGUGCUAUCCCAUUCUCAAAUGAGUGAUGCUUCAGUGCACUCUCUCGGUCCAGGGUCUACUUUAAAAAUGGCAUCUGAGCCUCACUCAGGAGUUGCAGUGAGCGCAUAUCAGCAUUACCGCUAGAUUGCAACGGGGUGAGCAUUAGCCUUCCGUGCAGCCGUUUCAAACAGCAUCCAUAGCAAUCCCACGUGGCAUCACAUAUUCCAGGGACAGAGAUAACGCAGGCCUAGCUUAAGAAAAUAUUCUGCUACUAACUCUGAGCAUGAAAACAGUCAUAAGAAGGAAAAAUGCUUAAGAUCACGCAAGUGCUUAUGCCCUGGCAGAAUAAUAACCAAAUCCUAUAUGCACAGUCACCAAUAACGGUGCAGGCAUCAAAAACCAGCAUUCAGCUUUGAAAGGUGGGCAAGGUGGGUCUGGCUCUCCCUUUCACGGACAUUUUUUUACCGUGACCCACAGCAAAGAGUGAAAAAUGCUGCAAAGUGGAGUUUGCACUGAUUAGGCAGUGGCCAAAGGACCAAUGCAAGUGGGAAUUUGGGGGGUUUGCCCUGGGGAGCAGCUAGAAGAACAAAGCCAGAAUUACCACUAGGACGUCUUGGGAUCUCUGUGUGAGGUGACUUCAGGGAGAGUUUGGCGAGAUCACGUUUCAUCUGCAUACCAAGAGAGAACCUCAGGGCGUUGAGGGGCUGAAGACCUUCCAAACAAAAGCUCUGAAGCUACUCAUUUUCCAUGUUACUUCCCCUGAAAGCUCCUCCCUCCCCAUCACCAGGUCUGACAUUUAGUUGGCAUGAAGCACCGUUGUGGUGAGCUCCAGACUGAGCAAAGAAGCUGAGCAGGAGAGAGGAGACUUCAGUUAGUCCCACCAACCUCUAGCCAAGGUCAACAGACAGCAUUACUGGGCAGGAACUGUCAGUGGCUGGAAGCGAUCCCUGGAGCUGUAGAAAAUGGAGAUGUGCGAUGAGACCGGGGCAUUUCAAGAUCCCAGUUGAUGGUACAUGUCUCUUCCCACCGCUUCUGCCUGUGCCUUUGGAACUGGAGGAAGACACAACCCAUCAGGCUGGAAAACACCAGGACAGCUCAGGCUAAGCCCCCUUCCCAGCACCAGCCAUAAAAAGGGGAACUAGGUCAGAUCUAUUCCCUGAAGGGUGUGGACACGCCUCCCACUGUGAAUCCUGCAGAUGCUCCAGAGCUCUUGGACGUCAGCCCGUGCACCCCAGCACGGAAGGAGUGCAGCUGCCUGCCGGUGCCACCUAGCAGUAGACUUUGCCAUGCCAAGGAAGACACCCACAUGCACUGCGCAAACUUAUUCUUGGCCAGGCAAAUCCUAGAGCUUCCUCCAUUGCAUACACUGGGCCUUCAAAGUGGAGUCAAACAUCCCACAGUGUCAGGGUUGGAGAUCUGGUGUCUUGUGUCAACUCAGCUUUCUAUGCCUCUCUUUCCACAUCAGAUAACCCAUGCUGUCUUCCUUCCCACAGCAGCUGGGAAGCAUCUGUGCUUGUGAAGGGCUUAGGAGUCUUUAGGCAAAAGGGCAAUUUCUUUAAAGAGGCUUAGUCUCAGAUGGUUGUAUGGUGUUUCUGAGACCACCACAUGAAAAGCACACCCAAGAGCAAGUGCCCUCACUAGAAGAUGGGUCCAAUAACCUGGAGGCUCAUUUCCACUUUUGAUCCUCCUGGUGCCACUGACAUUGAGGUUGGUUCCCCAUCAACCAUCGCAGAAACCAAUGUUUCAGUUGGUGGCUCAAGAACACCCAGAGUGAUUGAGUUUCAAGGAUCUGCUGUUGAGGAGGUGUACACCACAGUUCCCCACUGCAUUAACACUCAAGAGGAAUGGACGCUGGCAUCACCCUGUGGGACAUCUUCUCACCAGAGCUCCUUGUUAAUCCACAGGCAGGAGAAGCAGGGGCUUGUCUGGAUUCCCCACACACCUGGAUCCAGUCAGCCAAGCCCUCCAGCAUGCCAGGUUUGCUCCAUCAUCUUUUUUUCCUAGAUCUUUUUUGCAGUGGUGCCAGGAAUGAGUGUGUCCUGAUGGACCCGGUGAAACCUGGAAGCAUAUGAAUUUGUCUGACUGUUGGAGGGUGCUGGACUACCCAGGGAGUCAAUGGCCUCACAGUGCAUCCAGCAGGGGCUGCAGAGCUCCUUGGGAUGGACCAGGAGCAGCAAUUUUUCACCUUGGAGGAGUAAAGGUAUGCUCCCUUCACCUUCUUCACUGCAUCACUUUGAUCUAGAGUUUUGAUCCAGAUACGAGCAACCUCGACCGUGUUCAUUCCUUGGAUUACACAGAGCCUUGCACACACCUAUUAAGACGCUGUGCUGUUGCUGCUGGUGGUUUCUCUCUCUUGGGGUUCACCCAGCAUCCCCCGAGCACUCAGUUGUCCUGCAGAAACCACCCUGCUAUGCUACAGUGAUAUAAAACACAGAUGUUUUUGGCAAGUGCACCAGCCAAACUGCCACGAAAGAGGCACUGGUCCGGCACUGGAUGCACUGCUCCCCAUCACAUCCUCUCCCACGUGCUAGCACUGUGUGGCCACACGGUGGUAACCAGUCUCUCUUGGAGGUGACUGACCUUUGCUCAGCAGAGGUGGAGUUAAAUGAUGGUGGGACACAUGGGUUCCUGUUGUUUGUGCUCAGAUCUGGCCCAGGUGGGAGCUCACCCAGCUCUUCCCAGAUCUUAACACUUUUACCCACCGACUGGAUAAAAUCCCCCAUCACAAGCUAGGUCUGCAUUGAGGUCCUUGGGGUCUUAGCCUUGGAUUAAGAUAUGCAAGGGGUGCCAGCCUGGCAUUUUGAUGACAUAUCCUGGAAAUGGCCAACGAGGCUGACAUCUUGUUUCUUGGAGGCUCAGGCAAGGCCGAUAAAAUGUUUCUGUCCUAUGAAACUCAACACAGAGUUUGGGCUUGACUCAGCUGCUUCCUCCACCUUUGCUCAGCCAUCUCUGGAGCUGAUGGGAUUCAGUGUGACAUACUGGCUCAUGUGUAAUUCUCCAAGUGCUGCCCUCAAAAUCUCGCACAUAGUUAGUGUCUCUCCUGAAACAAGAAGUCACCUCUAGUUUGCCAUUGGCCAACACCAAAACCUAUGGUCAUGAGGCUCUCAGGUCAGUUGCCCACACAUGGGGUCCAGAGACAUUAGAGAUGCUCUGGGAUACCGGAUACAUGGGGCUGGCCAAUAUCAUCCAAGACAUAUGGGAGAGCCAGGCCAGUGUUGGGAAGACCUGGAACACCUCUACUGGCACUUCACCCAUGUGCGAGCAACUGAGCCAUGCUCCAGGCAUGUCCACAUGGCAUGAGGAUUUGGGCUAAGCAGGCUAUCCUGGUGCCAGGGUGGGCCUAAGCAGCCCUUCUUACCCCUUGCCGUGAGUGGGGUUGCUUUGCUCCACCGUCAUACUGAAGUUGGUUGCUGUCACUGUAAGAUACCGACCCGGCUGGGCUAGUUCCCUGCACGCAGGCAGCACUCCUGUCUCACCCUGAGGAUGAAAGCCACAACCAUUGCACGCUGUUGUGCUUCACACAGUCCCACUUAGCUUCUGCCACUGUCUCGUGGCAGCCGGCUGCACCGUUCCUGCUGUCACUGGCAUCAUGCCGGAGGGAGAUCACCUCCGGAAUUCCACACUCAAAAUAGGAAUCGAAUUGUUGCUCUUAUGCUGCUACGUUAUACGGAGACAAGUGUACUUGGAUGUAAACAACAGCCCAGCUCUGUACAUACAAUGAUUAAAUGAAGAGACAAGAAAGCUCUGUGGCUUCUAUAUUGGUGAGCGGGAUGAACAGUAGCAGCUGAUGCUGUGUUUGAGGGCUUAGUGCUAUACAGAAGGUGCUCGGCACCCCCUGAGCUUUUGCUGGCUGCAGUGAAAAUGGGGGGGCUCAGCACCUCCCAGGAAAGCAAUCCGCUUGGGAUCCCAACAGAGCAGUCUGGUGUCACUGUCCUCUUUCAAUGCUUGCUGUCACACUGAGCCAGGAUUUGCAACCGUCCCCUGGUUAAGGCUGAAGUCCCCUCUGCCCAUCCUUGUGUCCCCCAAAAAAUCCUUGCAGACAGCAGCUCUCAGAGGUGACCCCCUUGAGCCCUGCUGCCCAUGAGCUCUGCCCAUGGAAAGGACCAACUCACCCCACUCCUGCCCCUCACAGUGGCACUUUAUAGCUUGCUCAAGACAGCGAGCUCAUGAGCAACAUGACCAAAGAUCUCCGGAGGGCGUUGGACUGCAUGCUUGGAGCUGCUUCCCGUCCUUCCUGGGGAAGAUGAGGCUGGAAAAUGGGAAUAAAAGCUGUCAGGGGACAGGAGAGGGCUUGGAUUUCCCUGUGUUCCAACAGGGAACAUUUGCAGGUCCAUGAGAGGCAUUUCCUGUGCUAGAUAGGAUAAGGUAGAAAGGAGUUCCUGUGUGAGCAGAUUGUCCCCAGUUGGUUACACCAGUAUCUUCCAUGGCCAUGCCAAUUAGCUCCACACAUUGCCCAGAGCGAGUGCGGGCCAGGGGGCUGUUCCCAGGAGGCAGGAUGGAUGCAAUUCCCCUUUUUUCUUGGGGAGAAGAGAGGAUACAUGCCAAGCAAUUACACAGGUCUUCAGGGUGACGGGUCUCCUCCAGUUUAGCAGCAGAUAUUGCUACAGGGUCCAGUCAAGGGCUUGUUCUGGCUCAGUGUGAACUGGCCAGGACAACGUGUAUCCUGAGGGCUGGUGGUCCUGCUGGCUGCCGCCUUGGUGUCCUCUCCCGAGCUCAUGCCAGGGCAUCCUCAGCACCCUCCUUACCAGGGAACCAUCUUCCAAGGUGAAGGCACUGUGGUUUUUGCUUCUCCUGCUUGGGGUGCUGAAGGCAUCUCUGCCCACCUUAGCUCCAUGAAGGCUCCUGAACGUGGUCCCAGCCUUGGCAAGUGGAGUGUGGGCCAGUGGGAGACCCAUGCUCCUCUGGCCACAGUGCUCCCGGGGAUGGGUGCUUGGGUGGCUCUGGGCAUCAGGCACACGCCUCUUCACUAUGCCUCUGCUCCCCAGCUGUGCUGAGCCUUCUCCACUCCACUCCACUCCUAAGACCAUGAAAAACUGCUGAUGUGCAGUGACAGCCUUCACUUUGUCCUGGAUGGGAGCAGGUCCAACUUGCCAUUAUUUUAACCCAGCCCUUCAGCCCAAGCCUUGAAAGCCACUUUAUAGAGUUACUUUUCAUCGAGACCCCUUGCUAAAGAUCUGCUCGUCAUGUUGCCUGUGCCCUGCCACCCCUCUGUCCCAGCUCUCCAGCCUCUCCUGCCUCCCUUUAGAUCAUCGCCAUUCCCACUGGCCUGGGAACAGCCAGUGCCUCUCCCAGAUAUGUCUGAACAAGCCAGAGCUGAAGCCCAAAGGCCCCACUGACAGUGGUGUGUCCUGAUCCUGCCCUCAGAGCAGCUUUCUAGACUACUGAUCCUCAUCUCUCCACCAUUCCCAUGUCAGCUAGAUUGCCCCUGCUUUACCUCCAAGAGCAAUCUUGUUUCUUUCUGAAGGACAUCCCCGUGGCUUUCAAUCACUUGAGAUCAUUCCAUGGCGCUUUCGCAACACAUCACAACAGCCAGCUCUGGGGCUUCCCUGGUCCUUCCACCCUCUGGAAAGACAGGGGUGUAAGGGGUGUAUGAGUAUCCCUGGUCUGUAGGGGCACACAGCACCCAUGCCACCUGGUUCCCAGUGUAUCAAGGGGUUGGAAUCACAUCCAGCUCUUUGCAGAUGUUGGCUUCCCAAUAGGAUGUUCCAUGCUGGCAGUGUAACUGCUGGCAAUGCCAGAAAUGAGCUUCUGCAUUUUCAGGGUAAGCUUCCUCCCUGGUUCUCCCCGUGAAGGGGAUCGUAUCAGGUCUGGAGCCUGGGACAAGCUCUGACAUGCAGGGUUGUGUUUUCACAGCCCUUUUACAGAUCUGUUUUCUCAGGCAGAAAGUCUUUUCUUUCUGUCACAAAGCAAUAGAUUUUUCUAGAGAGAUUUAAAUGGGACUAUUCCCAACUCUGAUACCUGCAGGCAAGCCAAUGUUCCCUUGAAUACCUUCAUAGCUCCAACCCUGGGCUCUCCUCCUUUGGAAAGGGAUGUGAGGUCCAGUCUGGCUCCAAAUAAUCACCAAUGGUUUAAGCUUGGCAGUCCCCAUUAGUCCGGAGAGCCCAAAGCUGCCCAUAUCCAGCAGACCAACAGUCUGGGUCCCCAGGAGGUGUGGCCCAGCCCUGUCUGGUGCCCAUCCCACAGCUGUUACUGAGUCCCUGCAGGAGGUCUUCUCCAUUAGCUCACCCGUGUGGGAACCACUGGGUCCCCCGGGGUGUCUGAGCUCACAAAGUCAUGUUUGGUGUCAGCCAGACAUCAGUGGGAGACCACGGUGCUGGCUCUGCCAUUCCUAAGAGCCAGGCUGUCCGAGGAGCCCUCUCCAAGGAGAAGGUCCCCUUUUCCCACGGGUGGCAUGUGGGUUCCCUUCCAGCGGCUGAAGGGAGCAAAACGUGCGCAGGCAGAGCUCCACCACCGGUGCAAAAGUGUUCUACCACCGGUGCAUAAAAAAAAAUGCUGCACAACCGGCCAAUGUGUCUAUGCAGUCCCUUUCCACACAGCGGUGUCCCCGCAGAGCCCAGCCCAGGGCUGGAGCUCCUCCAAGGUGUCUUCGUUUGCACUCACUCGGACCUGUUAAACGCUGUGAGCUGAGAGGAAUCCCUCUUGGUCUUUGCCUUGCACCGGGCAGUAUGCUUGCGAGGGUUUCCUCAUCCUAAAUCGAUGCACGUUGCUUAGUCGCCUGUCUUCUGCGUCUGUUCUCCAGCAGAUCAAUAGGUGUCCCCCCAAAACCCAGCUCCCCCCAUGGGAGAACGUCAGGUUGGGCCAGCCGGCACCCCUGAGCAAGCCUGCUGUCUGAUUUCACCAGCAAUAAAAGCCCCACGGAGGAGCGGCCAGAGCUCUUCGCUGCCGCUCCACUGCCGGGUGAGCUGCAGGCUGUGUCUGUGUGUAGGACCUCUGCAUUAGACCCUUGGUCCAACGUUUUGGACCUACCCGACUGUAAAUUCAAUCCCAGCCUUGUGCUUUCUUUCCCUUUGUUCGUUUCUUGACGCCUCGGUCUCUCUCUGCUCUUACUGUGAAUUCAAACCAGAAGUGUUCUGAACUCGACUCCGUUACUGUUUUGUUUCUGCGUUGACUGUUGCUGGUUCUCCGAACUGCGUUUAAUGAGACUUUGCAAAAAAAAAAAAAAAAAAAAA